AUGUGUAACAUAUCGUUACUACGUGACAAAAGAGCGUAUACAGAGUACACACGUUGGCGGCCAAAUCUACAAACACAAGAAUUCAUCGUGAAAGUUCUUGAUGACGAAAUAACAACACCAAAAGUAAAUCAAAUUGUGGCAGUAAAUAUUCUGCCAGCUACAAAAGGAACUGAGAAGAUAAUUGUAGGUGGAGUAGUAGUGCCUUCACCAACUACAGCGGUGACGGUAGAACAAGAGAGUGAAUAUACAAGAUUUGUACCUCCUACCCUAAUGCCUGUAACUCGUGGUCAUAAAGAUUUAUUCCUUGCGCAGGCUGCGGUGACGAGCGGCAGUAAAAUCCCACUGUAUCCACCUAAAGUGAUUAACCAAAAUGAGCAACCAUAUCCUCAAUUCAAGUUUGGUUUGGCCCCUCAACGCGAUGAAAGCCCUCCAGCCAGUCCUCAAUUCGUUGCUCGAACUCCGGUGCUGUUAAAUCGAAAAUACGCGCCAAUUACACCGGUGGUAUUUACGCAAAAAUCGACUGUUACGCACCUGACUCCACCAACUAAAGAACAACUUACAUUCCUAGGCACGCGAAUGAAACCAACACGAACCUCACCUUUACCAGAUGUUAUAAUGCCUUCACGAACAACAUUAUCGGAAAACGAUCUUCAUGAUUUCCGUGAUUUUGAAGAUGAGGAACUUAAAUCCAAUGAAAUGUUUAUGAGUCGUAGUACAUUUUUACCUUUAGUCGGUCCAGAAAGAACACGUGUCGAAAAUAUUUUUUCCGUUAGAGAAAAGAUCGCAGUGGAUACAACAAAAUUUAUAGAACUUACUACUGAGUUGCGAAAAAUGUUUGAAAAAGAAAAGAAAACAAAACUGGAUGAUGAAAAUGAAUUUGACUCAUCUUACGGAAUUAUGUUUUAUAAUGACGAUGACAAAGAAAAUAUAAAAAGUGCACACCCACAUUAUAAAGAUAAAAGUGAACAAAGUAUAAAACAAGUUAAUGAAGAUGUGAUUUCUACGAUUGUGACGAAUAAAGAGAAUAUUGAUGACGUACCUGCAGAGGAAUCCGAAAUAAAUCCGGGAUCAGAGUCAGAUUAUGAGCAAGAUACAUUAGCACCUAACCAAACAGUGGUAGCAGAAGCCGCCGAAGAAUCGACUAAAUUAUUUCAUGAAACACGACAUAAUUGUAGUUUGUUACGGUUACGACAACUUAAUUUUAAUUCACCACGAACUUUGGCUGAAAUUGUGGCGCAGUUGAAACACUGGGCUGAAAAUAGUCCCAUAGCCAAAUGGGUUGAUAUAACGGCCGGAAAUUAUACUGUGAUGGAAAAUCCUAUAUACAUGAUGAAAGUUGAUGACCCAAGUAGUGGUCAGAUUGUUACUGCUAAACAAACCGUUAUGGUUAUUGCAGGUAUACAAGGCAGAGAUCAUCACGCGGUAUCAGCUGCAUUGUACGUUCUGUACCAAUUAAUAGAGCGCACUGAAGGCCAUUCAGAUUUGCUUUCUAAAUAUCGUUUUUGGAUCAUUCCCGUUUUUAAUCCAGACGGAUACGACUACUCCAUGACAUUUCCUCAAAGGCGGGAAUGGACAAAGAAUUUGCGUCAAGCUUGGGAUUCCAGUGCAGGCCGAGACUCUUGUGCCAUUUUUGGGUUGAGAUGUUCAAUUAAACCGUGCUAUGGAGUCAAUCUCGACAGGAACUUCGAAUAUCAGUGGAUUCCCACUGAAGAGCUUCGUGCAGAGCAUCCGUGUGGGGAACUGUAUGCAGGCGCGCGGCAACUGAGUGAGGCGGAAACGUUGGCUCUUACACGAUUUUUGCACUCCCAACGUGUGCCGCUUCACACGUUCAUCGCUUUUAAAGAGGGCGAUGUGCUAGGCAUUAUGUAUCCUUACUCCCACACGAAAAAAGCUCGUGCAUUUGAUCAAGUUUACAGACAGCGGGCGUCACGUGCUGCUUCGGCUGCUUACAGCAUUAGCGGUCGUCCGUAUGUCGCUGGACAAACAUCACAAUUCUUACCGUUGUACGCUGGCGGAAUAGAAGACUGGAUAGAUGGUCAUAUGGGCAUCGACAACACAUACACUGUAAUGAUGUUUCGGCCCACUGACUCUUAUAACUCCAAGCUUGUGACCGAGCGAGUUGUACAUGAAGCUUAUGCGGCUAUGGAUACUUUACUGCUACAAAACAUCGAACCAGUACUGGGGCCAGCGUUAGUCACGUUAUCAAAAUCUAAAGGAAUCCACCACACGCUUCCGUUUCCGAUUAGCAGCGUCUUAUAUACUUCAAUGUUAAUAAUAAUUAUCGGUGUACAAUUAACGAUAAGAAUUUAA